AUGGUUAAAGGAGAGAUCCUCACCCUCGGUGCUGCCGCUGGUGCCCUUGGAGGUGCCUACAAGCUUGCCGAAUUCCUCACCAAAGCCAAGCGCGUCCGCGACGUCGGUCCUUCCAAUGCAGUCUACGUGCGCAUCAUUGGCCGCGUCCGGUCCGACCUUGAUGAAGUGAGACGUCUUCUCUCCAUUCGCGAAAUCCACGACAUCCUCGAAGCCAACCCUGAGAAGUCCAAGUGGGUCUACGGAUGCAUGCGCGACGUGCGCGGCGCUCUUGAGAACAUCACGCCGCACACUGAGCGCGUCGCUGGCGAUGUCGAAGACGGCCGCCGUAUCGGUAUAAGGCACCGCGUCUACUGGCUACUCAGCGAGAAGGAGAAGCUGGAGAACAGAGAGAAGGAACUCAACAUCGCGCAUGCCAGCCUCAGCGAGGUGCUCGGCUACUUGACUGCCUUGGAGCCAUACGAGGAGCCGCACAAGCCCAAGUCGACCAAGAAGGAAACUCACAUCGACAUCGACAUCCAUCAGGAACCUCCUCAGCCUCAGCCUCAGGCCCAGCCGACACACACGACGCACAUCGACAGGGAAGUCUGGGUCGAGCGCGACGGCGCGCCGGCUCGACGCGUAGAGGAACACCGCGACGUCUGGGUUGAGCGCGACCGUCAACCCGCAGCCCACUACGAGGAGCAUCGCGACGUGUACGUCGAUGAGCGCGAGCGCGGACCCCAACACUACGAUGAGCGCGGUCCCGCUCCCCGUUACGACGCUCACUUCGAACAACAUGGCCGUGAUCCCCGUUACGAGACUCAGUAUGACGAGCGCUUUGAGCAGCAAGACCACUACCGCUCGCAGUACCCUAUCGAAACUCAAGGCAACUACAACCAGAGCCGUCCCUUCCCGGAGCCCCUCGGCCGCCGCCCUGAAUCGUUCGAGGACCGUCUCCCCGAGCGCGACUCCUGGAUGCAGAGCAACGCGCGCGCCAACCAGCAACGCCCAGGUCAGUACGCCCCCCGUGGCGCACAGUACGCCGAGUACGGUGCACCCCAACCCAUCGGCGCAGCCCAUUAUUCGCUGCCUCUGGACAGGCAGUACGCCGAACGCGAGGUGAGUGGUUACAACACUGGCUACCCGCCCCGUUACGGUAGCAAGCUCUAG